GAACUGUUCGUAAUGGAAUGAUGUAGAAAGCGCAGUGGGCCAAAUGCCAGCAUAGUGAGUAUAUUGACAGCGAGAACCGCCACCACCUGUUACUGUCAUUAACAUAAUCUCGCAUACAAAAUACAGGGCAGAUUGCCUAGUAUGCAUAUUAUCUUGUACACCGCGUACCGUGUGUUAUUAAACAGAAUCUAUCUGAUCGAGCUGCUAUAGACGGUUGGAUUUUUCCUUGGCUUGAUGAUGGAGCCAUAAUUUGAUGUCAAGAACCGAUCGAUGAUAAGGACUUUCAGUGUCGAGAUGGGGACUAUGUUAUCAAAAAACAGAGAACAGUCGUUGCUCUAUUGCGAUGAAGAAGAAGAUAUUCCGAGGCCAAGUAAUGCGUUAGAAUUACUCAGUAACAACCAUGACCCAUAUUUUCUGAACAAUAAUGGUGGCAAAUAUUAUCUACCAGAUGUCUUGUGGCUACGCAUAUUCUUGUGCCUUUCGUUAAAAGAGCGGGUAAUAAUCUCGCGCGUAUGCCGCAAAUGGAACCAGCUUUGUCGAGACGCAACGUUUUGGAGAAGCGUUGACUUCAAGAUGUGCGCAACUUCUGCGAGCAUAACCGAUAGCACAAUACGGGCUGUUACAUCAUAUACAACAGCAAUACAAAUAGUGGACUUCUCUGGUGAACACUGUAAAACAAUAGCAGACACAUCUUUGGGGUAUUUAGCCAAGUAUUGUCCUCGGCUUAGGAAACUUGACUUGACUGGUAGGACCUUGGUUACUAAUCGUGGCAUUCAGACUAUCGCUCGCAAGUGUAAGCUUCUGGAGCACAUAGUUCUUGACAAAUGCUACAAAAUAAGUGAUAAAGGAAUAACAUCUCUAAGACAAUGUCCAAUGUUGACAAUAUUAUCCAUAGCCUACUGUGUAAGAGUGACAGACGAGGGGUUAUCUACAGUCGCAAAGACAUGUCGGAGACUUAAAAAUCUAAACAUUGCUGGAUGCACCAAAGUGACUGACAAAGGAAUCAAAGCAUUGGGAAAGCACUGCAAAUUACUUGAUAAAAUCAAUCUUAAACAUACGACAGAUGUUUCAAUCGAUGCGAUAGAGAGUCUCGUGCGAGGUGCUCCUAUGUUGAGUCAUGUACAACUUGGCAUAUUGCAGGAUGAAUACAAUACGGUAGCCGCUAUUAAUAUUGUAGUAGGGUGCUGCAAUCAUUUAGAAUUCCUGAGCUUUCAGCAUCAUCACAAUCCACACACAGCUGCGGGAAGGAAAUUCGUUUCUAAGAAGAGACUUACAGCAUUUGUUACUAAUCUAAAUGCAUGUGUUUUUGCACACUAGUACAGAAUUUUAUCAUUACUGAAUCGUCCAAAUAGAAUCUAUGCAAGGGUUUCUUUACUAGUUAAGUGAAGGUGUUGCAGAAAAUGUCACAUUAAUGACUUAGGACUGAAAAAAUGCUAAACAUUCUUAAUGUAGCUCUGUGCACAGUCUUAACUACAACCUUCUGAUAUCCAGGGGACUAUUUUACUGAUGAGCUUUUUCUUUAAAAACAAUUAUUUGUUUCAGUACGUCUUUUAAAAGGCUUAAGGUGCUGACACACGGUGCAACAUUGCAUGCAACAUUGCACACAAAUGGACUGUUGCAGCCUGUGUCUACCCCAAACUUGUUGCAAGCAACAUCAUGCAACAAAUCUGAAGUUGAAUCGAGCUCUACUCUUGCAACAUUGAGCACAAAAAAAUUUUAUCAUGUGAACAUGGCAGCAACAUUACC